AUGGAUGGGCACGACGGACGGAUUGCGACCCCAACCAUGUACAUACGUCCACAUGAUUUGCACGCGGAGAAGCGUCCACCACUAUUGAGCAGCGCCGACGACGACGACGACGACGACAACGACGACCAGCGAAUACGGAGCCAAGGCAACGACAUGCAAGCAAAAAGUCGCUCGACUCAAGGACAGCCACAAAACUCUAUCGCUCUCACCAACAAGCCAAUGGGACGACGCAUCGGCCUCGUCAUCAUCGUCAUCGUCGCCGUCGCGCAUGUUCGCGGCCCCGCGAGCUGGUGGGCGGGCGUUCGGGUGGAUGCGGCACGGCUUCGAUCGUCGGGGUGA